AUGCUUUCUAAAACUGCAAUCUUCUUGGCUAUAGGAGUCACUCUUCUAGUAGGGGUCAGUUUAUUUGCUGGUCAAUCUGUUUUAGAAUCUCAAAGAUUUUAAAAGAAACACAAUGAUCAUCACCGCCAUCAUCAUAAAUCACACCACACUCAUCAAGGUGAAGACUAUUUGAAAUACAGAAUGAAAUCAACUGGUAUUCCAACUACACUUUUUGGACCUUAUGUAUUCAUCUAUGAUGGUAUUUAUGAACAAAACCCCAACCCAUUAUAAGCUGGUAUACCUAAAUGGGUUCGCAACAAUGGAUCAAAUAUUGCAAUUCUCUCCUUCUUAGAUCCUGUAGAACUAGAAAAAUCCGAUGUACCUCCUUAAAGAUUCCUUGAUUCACUCGCUGAGGCUAAAGAUUCUUCAAUUUUAAACAUUAUGUUCUCAAUUGGUGGUUGGGAUUUCUAGAACCGUUUCGUCCAAACAAACCCAUAAACUGUAGCAAAAAAUGCAGCUUCAAUUGCUAAAAAGUAUAAUGUUGGUAUUGAACUUGAUUGCGAAUCAGAUGGUGCUAUGAGUUGGAUGAACUAAUUCAUUUCUGCAUAUCGUGCCAUUAUACCUAACGACGGAGUUAACUGGUAUUCUGUUUUGACUAUGGACACUGGCGCCUCUCCAGGAGCUUUCCCAAAUGUUGAAUAAGUUGCCUUGAACAACUUAAAUAACUUAAAUUGGGUUAAUGUUAUGGUUAACGCAUCAGACGAUCCAAGCGAUAACAACAUGUACUGGUCUUAACACAAAUUCCCUGGUAACUAAAUGACUGUAGCUCGUAAUCUAGUUAACGUUUGUGAUAGCGCAAGUGCUAUGGCCCCAACUCUUUAAUUCAAGAAAGAUGGUUAACCCAUAAAGGGUAUUCUUUUCUGGGCUGCUCUUUCUGACGAAACUUGCGAUGCAGCUGCUCCUCAAGCUAGAAACUGUGGAACAACAUGCACUGAUUGCACUGGAGGUGUAGGAGGUCCUGGAAACUGGUCUUGCCCUGCAGUAACUUCAGCUUGCUAAGCAUACGGAGUUUGCAAAUGA